AUGCACUUCCCCAGCGAACACGACCAAACCCUCAAGAUCCAAGACCAGCGUUGUCAGGACCAAGACGAGGCCAUCUUAACUACAACCGCCGGCAAACCAGCGUUCCUGGGCUGUCACUGGCUCGCUUGCAUCCGGCGCGAGUAUAUAAGCUGCGCGACGCCCAUCGAGAGACCUGUCCUCUCAUCGACCUGGUCUCUUGGAUACUCGUACCAGUCACAACUGAGUAACGACGCUGUCACUAUGAACGCCGCUCUCACAACCGUUCUACUAGGACUCGCCUCCGUCGCCUCUGCCGGCUUUAUUGGCGGAGGCUAUGGCGGUGGCUACGGCAGUGGCUUCGGUGCAGGCUACGGUGGCGGCCUUGGAGCUGGUGUUGGCGGUGGCCUCAGCGGUGGCCAUGGCGGCGGCUUCGGCGCAGGUGGUAGCGGCGGCGGGUUUGGUGCCGGCUAUGGCGGUGGUCUCGGUGGUGGCGCCGGGGGCGCUGGCCUCACUGUGGCGGCUGUUCCGGUUGCUGUCGCUACUCCCGUUGUUGCGGCCAGGCCCACUGUCGCCGCACCUGGCCGCUCCACCACAUCCUACGGCACCAGCACAACUACCGUGACCACCCUGCACGGUGGAGGAGGAGCUGGUGGAUUCGGUGGCGCUGGUCUCGGUUACGGCUCUGGCAGCCUCGGCUACGGAGGAGCCGGUCUCGGAUCGGGAGGAGCCGGAUACGGACUUGGGGGAGCCGGUCUCGGAUCUGGAGCCGGUUUUAGCGUUGCUGCAGUACCAACCGUCGCAGUAGCUCGUCCCACUGUCACAGUGGCCAUUGCCCGUCCUGUCGCCGUUGCUGUUCCGACCGUGGUUGUUGGUGGUGGUCUUGGUGGCGGCCUCGGCGGAGGUCUUGGUGCUGGUUUCGGUGCAGGUCAUGGUGCAGGCUUUGGCGGUGGUCUGGGUGGCGGACACGGUGGCCUUGUGGGUGUCAGUCUUUUCGGUGGUCUCGGUGGCGGCUAUGGCAGCGGCUAUGGCGGCGGCUAUGGUGGUGGCUACGGCGGCGGCUACGGUGGCGGAUACAGUGGCGGCCUCGGAAAGCAUGGCGUCAGCUAUAGCUACGCAUCAAAGUGGUGAGCACAACUGAACCGGGAUCUUUGUGGAAUGUGCGCCACAUUGUCUGGAAAUCAACGCCGUGCAUGAGUACAGAUCCAUCAUGAAGUUAGAAUUUC